CCGGACUGCUCACCACCAGAGACUCGGGGAGGGGAGAAGACAUCUCUACCUCAGUACCCCGUCCACCCGUCCUCGAGAGAGAUGGAAACCAGGCAGCUGCUGACACUCUGGCUGACUCUCUCCGUCUCUGUCCCUGGGACUGGGUCUCCCCCUCCCACUGUGAACGGAGCUCUGGGACACUCGGUCUCCUUACCUCCCGGGAUCCCAGUCGGACCGGACGUUGCUGAGGUUUGGUGGAGCCGGACAUCACCCAGAACCAGGAUAGUGAAGUACUCGAAGGGGCACAUUGAAUACUCCGGUACUGAGUACAAGCGACGGGUAACUCUUCAUCCCGGGAACUUCAGUCUGGAAAUCCGUGAUCUGCGGAGAGAGGACGCUGGUGAUUAUGAGGUGGAUGUUACAGCGAGUUCAGGAGCUGAGAAUAAAACGACAGUGCGACUGGAGGUGUCCGCUGCGACUGGGUCUCCCCCUCCCACUGUGAACGGAGCUCUGGGACACUCGGUCUCCUUACCUCCCGGGAUCCCAGUCGGACCGGACGUUGCUGAGGUUCAGUGGAUGCGGAUAUCACCCAGAACCAGGAUAGUGAAGUACUCGAAGGGGCACAUUGAAUACGCCGGUGCUGAGGAGUACAAGCGACGGGUAACUCUUCAUCCCGGGGACUUCAGUCUGGAAAUCCGUGAUCUGCGGAGAGAGGACACUGGUGAUUAUGAGGUGGAUGUUACAGCGAGUUCAGGAGCUGAGAAUAAAACGACAGUGCGACUGGAGGUGUCCGAGCCCGUGUCAGGAACACACAUCACAGUUCAGAACAUCACUGAGACCUGCAACCUCACCCUGACCUGUUCCGUGACCUCAGGCGACCUCACCAGCUUCAGGUGGUGGAGGGGAGGAGAAGCUGUGGCAAACGACACCACCCAUCACCUCUGGGAACACGGGGAGAUGUUAGAGAUUCAUCACACAGCAGAGGUGGAGGACGUUGUGUACAGGUGUGAGGCCAGGAACCCCGUCAGUGAAGGCACGGCACAGAUCCGGCUGUGGGACGUCUGUAAACUGCACAAACCUCAUCAUAAUACAAAAACACUCAAUACAACAACAACCCUGCUGAUCGUUCUGGCGGUGCUGGUGACCUUCCUGAUCUGCGCUCUCACCGUGAUUCUCUUGGUCAUCCGGAGGAGAAGGGCUGCAGGAAGGGAAAUGUCUUCAGACACUGAAGACCCAGUGGACACCGGCACAGUUUACGCAGAUCUUCGGUUGUCGCAGAACCAUCACGCGAACCGACAGCCCCCUGUGGGGAACAAGAGGUGUGUUGGUCUGGAGGUCAGUGCCGAGAACCCUGCCACUGAGUACGCAGCAGUGGUGUACCGUGCGACACCCCACCCUGGAUUUGCUGAGGUCGGAGCCCGUCGACAACGUCCUGCAGUCUAGGCCGAAUCCUCCCUCCCUCCGCACCUGCACAAGGACAGCACAGAUCCUCAGGGGGAGCCGCAGGUCAAUUGGUGGGUGGGGGAUACAGGGGUCCUCUGUGUCCCACUGUUGUCGUGGGACCCACGAGACAUCAUUGUUACGAGCCAGGUUGCCUACUUGGUGUGUAUCCCUUUAAGGCACCUGGACAGUGGUGUAGUGUGUGUGUGUGGCUUUAUCUGACUACUACAAGGGGUAAAAAAGACUAUAACUGGAGCAUAGUGGCAGUUGCAGAGAGAGAGAGAGAGACAGAGAGAGGGAGAGAGACACCGACUGCGGGUCUCUGUAUCUAUGGGUGAAGAACAGUAGCUGUGGCUGUCACUGUACAAUCCACGUAUGGGUUUGUGGAACAAUCUGUGGCGUCCACUCUGUCGUUAACCUGUACUGGGAAGCAGGUAUGUCUGUGGGCGGCCACGUGUCGAGUGCCCUUGGUGUGGCAGAUAUUUUGGAACAAAGCAAUGGAGAUCUUCGGUGACUGAGGCAUCGUAUAGUUCCAUCGUGGAACUUGUGGAUUUCAUAAAUUCCUCCCCUCUACAGUCUCUCCACAUUCUUCUGUGGUUUUCAGAAGCCUUUGCUCAUCGUUCUAUUUCAUGAGUCGCUGAACUGAACUUUGAGGACUAUUCCUAGACUUGGAGGUUUGGGAACUUGCCACACACACACUUCAGGUUUACUUUGGGGUCAGUGUUUAAUAUCUAAUGUUUUUAUUUCUCUUAUUAUUACAAGUAGUCAUUGAUAAAUAGAUUCUAACAUUUAAACAUGACUCAUCGUGUUUCUAUUGUUGCUGGUAUGUAACAAAAUUGGGGGCUCGUCCGGGAUCGAUCUCAAGAUUGACGAGAGUGGUCCGGGAUCGAACUCAGGACUGAUAGGAGAGGUCUGGGUUUGAAACAAAAUGGGGCUUAUUGGACGACUGAUUGUUGAUAGGUCUGAUAAAUUUCUUUUCGAUUGGUUUGUGGGUGUUGAAACCAGCAGCAAUGGAUAUUGAUGUAUUUUUGGAAUCACCAACCUUUGAGGAAUUGCAGGUGGUGACAAAGGAAGAGGUGUCGAACAUUGCUGAACAGUUAAACCUUGAAGCAGAAAAGCGGUCUAUGAAAAAAACAGGUAUUCAUAGGAUGGUAGUUGACCAUUAUAUUGAUAAGGGGGAGUGAGGUGCAUGAGUUGGGACAGUUUCCUGAGAGGAAACCAGAGAUCUCUGAUGCCCAGGUACAGCUGGCACCAAUGUGGCUCGAAGAAAAGAAGCUGGAGAUAGAACACAGGAGACUAGAGAUGGAACACGGGGGGAUGGAGUUAGAUAGGGGGCAACGGGAGAAACAGUGACCACAUGAGUUAGAAAUACUGAAUCAUGGGCGUUCUGUUUCUGGUGGUGGUUUUAUGGCCAGUGGGAAAGUUCGAUUAGUCCCUCCAUUUGAGGAAAAUCAGGUUGAUCAGUAUUUCCAACAUUUUGAAAAAAUUACUGAGAGUUCAAAGUGGCCACGGGACAAAUUGUCUCUUAUGUUACAGAGUGUAAUUAAAGGUAAGCUUAUUCUCUCUGUCACUGAAGCAGCUGACUAUGGGAAAGUAAAACAGGCCGUGCUUAAAGCCUAUGAAUUGGUUCCUGAAGCUUAUGGGCAAAAGUUUAGGGAUAUGAGGAAAUCUGUGGACCAAACUUGCAUGGAAUUUGCUGAUGAAAAGAGUGUGUGUUUUGAAUGAUGGUGUACGUCUAGAAAUAUAGAUGAAGAUUGUUGUGAGUGGAAGACUUUAAAAGGUGUGUCCCGGGUGACUUAAAAACAUAUUUAAAUGAGAAGGAGGUGGAAACUUUGCAAGAAAAUGCUAGGUUGGCAGAUGAGUUUGCUUUAACCAUAAGUCUAAGUGGAGACAAUCUAAGACCUUCCAAAAGAGUUUAGGGAUAAACCAGGUAAACCGGAGGUUAAAUUGGGAAUUAGUACAAAGGGGAAGGAUGAUUGGAGGCAAGUGCCAGCGAAACCUGCUGAGUGUACUUGUUAUUACUGUAAGCAACCUGGUCAUGUGAUAGUUAAUUGAUUCCCCUUUGAAGAAAAAGAAAGAAAAGGAGGCCGUGCCAAAUGCUUGUUUGCAAAUAGUUGAAACUAAAAAUCAAAAGGGUUUGGGACAGGCUGAUAGAGCUCAGUCCUCUCCAGAGGCAAAUGCUGAGAUGUUGGAUGGAGUUAGGGAUGAAAUCCGUUCUUUCGUAUCAGAAGGUUUUGUCGUAGUGAAAGUUGGGCCACCACAAGUGCCAGUGGAAAUCCUUAGAGAUACUGGGGCUUCCCAAUCCAUAUGGUUAGACAGUGUUUUAAACUUUGGUGAGGAGACUGCUACUGGUGAGGUAAAUCUAGUGCGAGGCAUUACAGGUGACACUGUGUCUGUUCCUCUGCACAAGGUAAUUUUGAAGUCAGAGUUAGUAGAAGGACCUAUUAAGACAGGACUACGACCUAGUUUACCAGUGGAAGGAGUUUCUUUAUUAUCAGGGAAUGACCUUGCAGGUGGUAAAGUUGUCCCUGUGGUACAGCCAACGACCAAACCAAUUAUUGAUGAGUCAAAGAUCGAUUCAGAUGUUUAUCCAUCCUGUGCGGUGACUUGAGCUAGGGCUAAAGAAUUGGCCAAUGCAGAUAGUCCUGUGCAGCCUGACUUUGUUCCCUGUGACAGCCCUAAACAGGAUUCAAGUUAUGAGGACUUGUCAGAGACUUUUCUGUGUUCAUUUGAGGAUCAAAAUCCUUGUGUUGAGGCCGAGUGUAAAGAUUUGUCUCUAUCCAGAAGAAAAAUUAUGUUGGAGCAGACCAAAGAGCCUGAACUCGUGAUAUUGAGAAUAAUAGCACCCUCAAGUGCUGAGAUUGAGAAAGUGCCAGCUGGAUAUUGUUUUAAAAGUGGAGUGUUAAUGAGGAAGUGGAGACCUCCUGAUAUACCUGCCAGUGAGGAAUGGGCAGUUGUUCACCAGGUUGUGGUUCCUAAAAUUUAUAGGAAUGAGAUUUUAAGCCUGGCCCAUAGUAUGCCCUUAGGUAGUCAUCUUGGAGUGAAUAAAACUGUAAGGAAGGUUUUGAAACAAUUCUUUUGGCCUGGUGCAAGGAAGGAUGUUGUGAUGUUCUGUAGGACUUGUCACACAUGUCAGACAGGAAGUAAACCGAAUUAGAGUCCCCCUGUGGCUCCUUUGCAGCCUAUUCCUGCGUUUGGUGAACCCUUUGCAAAGGUGAUUGUGGACUGUGUUGGCCCAUUGCCAAAGUCUAGCACUGGGAAUCAGUAUUUGUUAACCAUCAUGUGUACAGCCUCUAGAUUUCCAGAGGCAAUCCCACUCAGAAAUAGUAAGGCCAAGACUGUGUCAAAGGCUCUUUUAAAAUUUUUCACCUUAGUUGUUUUGCCUAAAGAAAUUCAAUCGGAUCAGGGAAGUAAUUUUACGUCAGGCCUGUUUCAACAGUUAGUUUAUGAGCUGGGAUCUAAGCAGAUUGUAUCAUCUGCGUACCAUCCAGAAUCUCAAGGUGCCUUAGAAAGGUUUCAUUCUACUCUCAAAAAUAUGCUUAAGACUUUUUGUUUUGAAAACAUGAAAGAUUGGGAUGAAGGAGUUCAUUUGCUUUUGUUUGCAGUCAGGGAGUCAGUGCAGGAAUUCUUAGGGUUCAGUCCCUUUGAAUUUGUGUUUGGACAUCAGGUUAGAGGACCUUUAGUAUUAUUAAAGGAACAGUGGGUUAAUGAAGACAUGCAUUUGAAUUUGUUAGAUUAUGUUCUGAAAUUUAAAAAACAAUUGCAGAGGGCUUGCCAAUUAGCAAGGGAAAAUUUAAAAGUAAGAUGAAAACAUGGUAUGAUAAAAAUGCCCACUCAAGGACUUUCAAACCAGGAGAUAAGGUCUUGGUGUUUUUCCCUACUCAGACAAAUCCUUUCCAAGCGAUAUUUUAUAGUCCUUAUGAAGUUGAGUCUAAGGUUAGUGAAGUAAGUUAUAUAGUCAAAACACCUGACCGGAGAAAACAUACAUGGCUCUGUCAUGUAAACAGGCAUAAACCGUAUUAUGAAAAAUCUUCAGCUGUGGCAAUAGCUGUUAACACUAACUGUCUGGAAACGCAUGAGUUGAUUCUGGUGAAUGUUAGUCUAAGCGUUGUGUCAGCGAGACUGUCGAAUGAAGAUGUUUUGAAAAACCUUGAAAAAGGUUGGCUCAUUUACAACCUCAGCAAAAACAGCAAGUGAAGCAGUUAAUUUUAAAAUUUUGAGAUUUAUUCGCUAAUGUUCCAAAGAGAACCCCAGUAGCUUAUCAUGAUGUUGAUGUUGGGGAUGCAGAACCGAUAAAGCAGCACCCAUAUCGAAUGAAUGUAGAAAAGAAUAAACUUGUUGACCAGGAGAUUGAAUAUAUGUUAGAAAAUGAUACUGUUAGACAUUCCACUUCAAAUUGUUAUUGUGCCUAGCCAGAUGGAAGUCUUAGGUUUUGCUCUGAUUAUAGAAAAGUGCAUGCUGUAACCAAGUCAGAUGUUUACCCUAUCCCUCAGGCGGAUGAUUACAUAGACAAGAGUUGGAAAAGCUAAAUAUGUUACAAAGAUUAUUAACCUAUUAAAAGGGUACUGGUGUGUCCCAUUGACAGAUAGAGGAAGAGAGAUUUCUGCCUUUGUAACACCUUCUGGGUUGUAUGAAUACAAUGUUUUGCCAUUUGGAAUGAAAAAUGCUCCAGCAACAUUUUAAAGAAUGGUUAAUUCUGUGGUUCCAGGGUUAGAACAUACGGAUGCCUAUAUUGAUGACUUAGUGACCGGGAAUGAUACAUGGGAAGCUCAUAUCUCUGCGUUAGAAAGAUUGUUUGAAAGACUUUCCAAAGCCAACCUUACAGUCAAUUUGGCUAAGAGUGAAUUUGGCCAUGCCAUUGUGACUUAUCUUGGUUACGUUGUGGGUCAAGGCAAGUUAGCUCCUGUUCAGGCAAAAGUUCAAGCAAUCUCUGAGUUCUCCAUUCCAAUGGGUACGAGGACUGUUAGAAGAUUUCUGGGAAUGGUUGGAUAUUAUUCCAAGUUUUGUAAGAAUUUUGCUAAUAUUGCUCUUCCCCUAUCUAAUCUUCUGAAGAAGGGAGUGAAGUUUGUUUGGACAGAGCCUUGUCAGGAAGCAUUUGAGAAACUGAAAGCCAUUUUAUGCUACCAUCCUGUGCUCAAAUCACCUGAUGUUGAAAAGCCAUUUUCAUUAGCGGUAGAUGCCAGUGAUGAAGCUGCAGGAGCUGUGUUGUUGCAGAAGGGUGACCGUGAUGAUAUUAGACAAUAGACAAUAGACAAUAGGAGCAGAAGUAGACCAUUCGGCCCUUCGAGUCUGCACCGCCAUUUUGAGAUCAUGGCUGAUCCUCAACAAUCAAUAUCCUGUUCCUGCCUUGUCCCCAUAUCCCUUGAUCCCCCUAGCUAUAAGAAACCUAUCUAGCUCCUUCUUGAAAGUGCACAGAGAACUGGCCUCCACUGCCCUCUGAAGCAGUGCAUUCCACAAAUUCACAACCCUCUGGGAGAAGAAGUUUUUCCUCACCUCUGUCUUAAAUGGCCUAGCCCUUAUUCUUAAAACAUACCCCCUGGUCCUGCACUUCCCCAACAUCUGGAGCAUAUUUCCUGUCUCUAUCUUGUCCAAUCCCUUAAUAAUCCUGUAUGUUUCAAUCAGAUCGCCUCUCAAUCUUCUCAAUUCCAGCGUGCACAAUCCCAGUCUCUCCAGCCUCUCAGCAUAAGACAGUCCCGACAUCCCCGGAAUUAACCUCGUAAACCUACGCUGCACGCCCUCUAUAGCCAGGAUAUCCUUCCUUAACCCUGGAGACCAAAACUGUACACAAUACUCCAGGAGUGGUCUCACCAGGGCCCUGUACAAAUGCAAAAGAAUCUCUUUGCUUUUGUACUCAAUUCCCCUUGUAAUACAGGCCAACAUUCCAUUAGCCUUCAUCACUGCCUGCUGCACUUGCUCAUUCACUUUCAGUGACUGAUGAACAAGGACCCCUAGAUCCCUUUGUAUUUCCCCCUUACCUAACUCCACGCCAUUCAGAUAAUAAUCCGCCUUCCUGUUCCUGCUCCCAAAGUGGAUAACCUCACACUUAUCCACAUUAAACUUCAUCUGCCAAGUAUCUGCCCACUUACCCAACCUAUCCAAAUCACUUUGAAUUCUCCUAACUUCCUCUACACAUGUCACACUGCCACCCAACUUUGUACCAUCAGCAAACUUGCUAAUGUUAUUCACAAUGCCUUCAUCUAAAUCAUCAACAUCCUGUAGCUUACUUUUCAAAGCAAUUGAAUGAGCAUUGAAAGAAUGAUUCCACCACAGAGAAAGAAUUACUGUUGCUUGUUUUAGCCUUGCAACAUUUCAGUGUAUAUGUUUACACUGCUCAGAAACCAUUGACUGUGUAUACAGAUCAUAACCCAUUGGUGUUUCUGAGCUGAGUCAAAAACAAGAACAGAAGGCUGUUAAACUGGAGUUUAAUCUUACAAGAGUAUGAUCUCAUGAUGACUCACAUUAAAGGCAAAGAUAAUAUAAUUGCCGAUUGCCUGUCCGAUGUUAAGUUUGAAAUGUAUUUUCCUGUUGUAAUUUUUUUUCCUUGUCUAUAAUCAUGUAAUAUGAUCAUUGUAACACAUUGCUUUACUCACUGUAUAUGCAGUUAAACAUUUUGCUCUUGCAGAUCAAAAUUUUUCUUUUGGGGGGAGGUAUUACAAGCCAGGUUGCUACUUGGUGAGUGUCCCUUUAAGGCACCUGAACAAUAGUGUAGUAGUGUGUGUGUGUGUGUGUGUGUGUGUGUGUGUGUGUGUGUGUGUGUGUGGCUUUAUCUGACUACUGCGAGGGAAAAAAAAUAACUGGAACAUAGCUGCAGUUGCAGAGAGAUGGAGAGAGAGAGACAGAGAGAGAGAGUUGGUGGCACUGACUGCCGGUCUCUGUAUCUAUGGAUGAAGAACAGUAGCUGUGGGUGUCACUGUACAAUCCACAUAUGGAUUUGUGGAACAAUCUGUGGCGUCCACUCUGUCAUUAACCUGUACUGGGAAGCAGGUAUGUCUGUGGGCGGCCACGUAUCGAGUGCCCUCGGUGUGGCAGAUAUUUUGGAACAAAGCAAUGGAGAUCUUCGGUGACUGAGGCGUCGUAUAGUUCCAUCGUGGAACUUGUGGAUUUCAUAAAUUCCUUCUCUCUACAGUCUCUCCACAUUCUCCUGUGGUUUUCAGAAGCCUUUGCUCAUCGUUCUACUUCAUGACUCACUGAACUGAACCUUGAGAACUAUUCCUAGACUUGGGGGUUUGGGAACUUGCCACACACACAUUUCGUGUUUAUUUUGGGGUUAAUGUUUAAUAUCUAAUGUUUUUAUUUCUCUUAUUAU